CUUUAAGAUGAAACUCUUCCAAAGAGAAACAACAAAGCAAAUUUAACACCAUUCCUUGUCAAAUAGUUAUGGUGAUUGUACUCAUCAGACGUUGUUUUCUUGUUCUACUUCUACUUGCAACAUUCUCUUGCUUCUCCCUGAAGCUCUGUUUCGGCCAGGACAGUAUCACGUUCUCGACUCCGGUCAAAGACUCAGAGACACUUCUCUGCAAAAAUGGUAUUUUCAGGUUCGGCUUCUUCACUCCUGUAAACUCCACUGGUCAUUUACGUUAUGUUGGGAUCUGGUACGCUAAGGUUCCAGUUCAAACUGUCGUUUGGGUUGCUAACAAAGACGCUCCAAUCCACGACACUUCCGGUGUUAUCUCGAUCUCUGGCAAAGGAAAUCUCGUGGUUAAAGAUGGUCUAAACCGUCUUAUAUGGUCGACGAACGUCACGCUACCACUGGCUCCAAUUCCAAACGCUACAUGGGUUCAGCUAACGGACAAUGGGAACCUUAGGCUGCAAGAAAACAGAAACAAGGGUGAGAUUCUGUGGGAGAGUUUCAAGCAUCCUUAUAACUCUUUCUUGGCGAAAAUGAUUAUCGGGACCAGCAACAGGACGGGAGAGAAUCUAAAGCUUACUUCAUGGAGAAGCUAUACAGAUCCUUCCACAGGGAACUAUACAGCUGGCAUUUCCCUUUUCCCGUUUCGUGAGCUCAUGAUCUGGAAAAGCAAUGUCACAAUCUGGCGUAGCGGACCUUGGAACGGUCAGAUUUUCGUCGGCUUAGAGGAUGAGGUAGCUCUUCUGUUUCUCGAUGGGUAUAAUAUUAUCAGUGAUAAUAAUGAAGGAACAUUUACAGUGUCAUAUGCUACUGAUUCUCCCAUGUAUCACAUGAACUUGGAUCCUGAUGGACUUCUAUAUAUAAGAAGCUGGAGUACUUCUAAGAGAGCUUGGGAGAUCGGUAACACUAUUCCAACGACAACUUGUGAUGUAUACGGUAGAUGUGGUCCAUUCGCGAGCUGCAGUGUAAAGGAAGUUCCGGUAUGUAAAUGCGUAAAUGGGUUUGUGCCGAGGAAUAGCACGGAGUGGAAUCGAGGGAUCUUCACUAAUGGAUGUGCGAGAAGAGUUCCAUUGAAGUGCAAUGUAAGUGGUGGAGGAAACGGAGAUGGAUUUUCUAAAAUGCAGAAGAUGAAAGUACCAGCCAAUGCGGAACAGACUCUAGCUAACGAAGAAGCUUGUCCUAAAGUUUGUUUAGAUAACUGUUCUUGCACAGCUUAUGCAUAUGAUCAAGGAAUAGGAUGCAUGCUUUGGAGCGGGAACUUGGUUGAUAUGCAAUCGUCUUUGAGGAGUGGUAUUGUUGAUCUUAAUAUUCGGGUGGCCAAUUCGCAUUCAGACCGUGAAAAAACACAUAGUAAUCGAGCAAUUAUGAUCACAGCAUCAGUGCUAGGCGUUGCGUUUGUUGCUGUGGUCUGCAUUCUUUUGGCAUGCCGUAAAUUCAAAAAGCGUUCAGCACCAGAGAAAGAUACAAGUGCAGAGAUAAUGUUUAAAAGAAUGGAAGCACUUACAAUUGUAAACGAGUCUGCUCCUAAUCAAGGCAACCUCAAAGAUCUUCCUCUUUUUGAGUUUAAAGUGUUAGCUGCAUCAACCGAUAACUUCUCGCUCAUAAACAAGCUCGGUCAAGGCGGAUUUGGUCCUGUUUACAAGGGGAUGUUGCCUGAAGGGAAAGAAAUUGCUGUCAAGAGGCUCUCACGGGCGUCAGGACAAGGGCUAGAGGAACUUAUGAACGAAGUGGUUGUGAUUUCGAAGUUGCAGCAUCGUAAUCUGGUUAAGUUACUUGGCUGUUGCAUUGAAGGUGAAGAAAGGUUGUUAGUAUAUGAGUACAUGCCAAAGAAAAGCUUGGAUGCCUAUCUAUUUGACCCAUUGAAGCAAAAGAUUCUUGAUUGGAGGACUCGGUUCAACAUAAUGGAAGGGAUUUGCAGAGGUCUGCUGUACCUUCACAGAGAUUCAAGACUAAAGAUCAUACACAGAGAUCUCAAAGCCAGCAACAUUUUGUUAGAUGAUAAUCUGAAUCCAAAGAUAUCUGAUUUCGGACUUGCAAGAGUUUUCCAAGUGAAUGAAGAUGAAGCUAACACAAGAAGGGUUGUAGGGACAUACGGCUACAUGUCACCGGAAUAUGCAAUGGAAGGUUUAUUUUCAGAAAAAUCAGACGUUUUCAGCUUGGGGGUGUUAUUUCUAGAGAUCAUUAGUGGGAGAAAAAACUCUCACAAGGAAGAAAAUAAUCUCAACCUUUUAGCUUAUGCGUGGAAGCUGUGGAAUGAAGGUGAGGCUGCUUCUCUAGCAGAUCCAAUCGUCUUGGAUGAGUCUUUUGUGAAAGAGAUAACAAAAUGUGUUCACAUUGGAUUGCUAUGUGUGCAAGAAAUUGCAAACGACAGACCAAGUGUUUCAACUGUUAUCGGGAUGCUAACUACUGAGAUCACGAACCUCCCUGAGCCGAAGCAGCCUGCGUUUAUAGCAAGAGGAGGAGUUUAUGAGGCUGAAUGUUCUGACCAGAGUAGUCAGAAGGUCUCUAUCAAUGAUGUGAGCCUCACAACUGUAGCAGGACGUUAAGCUCACAAAAGCCAACCAAUCUGCCUGUUUAUAUGAUAUAUAUGUUCUGAGAACUAUUAUGUUUAACUGUUUGAUUAAAGAAUAAGAGAAGCAUUUCAAAGAAACUAUGUCUA